AUGAAUGGCCGCAACGGCACAAUGUCCCCCGUCUCCGCUGAUGACAGCGAAUGGUCUGGCAUCGGCCAAUAUCAACUCGGACUCAAACCGGAUUCCCCCCUCUCUCCGUCAGUACAGAAUCGCGGAAACCUAGCGACCCCUCCGAGUUCAGGUGCUCCCACCCCGACCGGCUCUUUAGGUCUGAAUGGCGGCAAUCCAAUGCCUCGACGACUGGGCGACCCCGGUAACCCAUCGCCUCCGAGUUCCGUCGCUGCGAGAUCGAGUGUAGGAACGCUACCAGACCAGCAGGGCGGUCGUUACCGCAGGAUGGAGGAAUCGCUAGCUCAACAUUAUAACGCGGUUCGCCGGUUCUUGGGAAACCCGCACGCGAGUGAUAGAGCUGCCAUGAAAACGAACAAAGCCCGUGAUAAACUCUUGAGAUUAUCGCCAACGCAAUUCCACGAAUUGAGUACCGACGUUUUUGAUGAACUUGUUCGUCGCCAACAAGCCGCUGGUGGUCCAGGACGGCCUCCACGAACCGACAUUCCACCUUCACUUCCUCCUCGGCCAGAUUUUCAUGAGAAGCGAAACCAGGCCCGACAGAAACUUGCAUCAUUGCAACAUCCACGAUUCCGUGAUUUGGCUACCGACGUCUUUUGCGAGUUAGAACGACGAUUCCCGCAGUUUGCUGGUCCAGAUGUGCCGCGUGUUGGAAGUCCUGCGGGUAGUAUGCGUGGUGGUCCCCCUCGUGGAUUUCGACCAGGUUCUAACGGAUUUCCGCCGAACGGGUACCCCGGUGGUCCUCGGCCAGCAUCUCGUGGCCCUGGUGGUAGAGGAUAUCCCCCUGUCCCCGGAGGUCCUGGAGGCCCUCCCGGCGGACGGUUCCCUCCGCGCCAGCAAUCUCUUAGCGGUGGAAUAAGCCCUAACGGAGAGGAGCCUUUGGCAAAAUCAUUCCAGAGCAAUACGAUUGUGCCAAACAAGAGUACUCUCGUGGAGGACGACGAUGAUGGUGGAUUGGAUGACGAUUAUGAUGGACGCAGUGACGCUUUUGGACUAGACGCUUUGCAGAGUAGAAGAGGAACGACGACGACAUUGGGAGAAAAGAAAUUUUUGGCAGACAGUCAGGCCCAAGUUGCAACCUUACAAGAACGAGUUGACGAACUCCAAUCUUUGAUGAAGAACAAAGAUGAGGAGAUUUCUCGCUUGCAGGACGAGCAGGAGAAAUCACAGAUCAGUACCAGUGAACGCGAUGAAUGGGAAGGCGUCAAAUCUGAGCUGGAAAACAAACUCACAGAUGUGGAAAAUGCGAACACGUACCUACAGAAUAAGAUCGAUCAAAUGCAAGAAGAACAUGCGAUGAAAGAGCAAGAAUUGCGGAAACAAAUUGAGGCUGCUCAUGGUGCGGGCGUCCAUGUCGAACUUCAGCAACGAUACAGCGAGCUCGAGACACGACACAAAUCUCUGCAGUCUGAAUUGCAGGAGCAACAGAAGACUACAGAAGAAGUGCGCCGCGACGCUAGCAACUUCUUGAAAGAAAUGAGGGCAAUGUCGGAACGAAGUAACGCCACUUGGGAACAAGAAGAGAAGCUUUCCCGUGAUGUCAAUCGGCUCGAGGAAGAAGUCAAAGAAUGGAAGAAUCGUUACAUCAGGGCAAAGACUCAGUUGCGACACUUGCGUACAUCUACCGUGGGAAUCCCUAACCUGCAUACCGACGUUGGUAUGGCCGCUCGUGAGAAUGAGCUUAUACAUGAGCACGGACUUGUCAAAGAUUCUCACGUCACCAAGUUCCAAAUGUCCAUUGAUGAACUUUUGCGAUCAGCCCGUUCGGGUGAGCCUAAUCUCGUUCUCGAUCAGAUGAAAGUGGUCGUUGUCGCUGUGCGUCAUCUGAUGAACGAUACCGAGACCGGAGGCGAGGUGUCUCCUGCGCAGAAACGAGCGAAAUCGAGAGUCUCGGCUACUGCCAACAAUCUCAUCACGGCGUCUAAGAAUUUUUCUAGCUCCAAUGGUCUCUCACCUGUGUCACUGCUUGAUGCGGCCGCUUCUCAUCUAAGCACAGCAGUCAUUGAGCUAUUGCGCUUGGUCAAAGUCCAGGCUAGUCCUGUCGAAGACUUUGAAGAUGAGGACGAGGACAACAUCGCUCCCAUGCAAUCACCUGGAUACUUUAGCAUGGCUGCCAGCCAAAGUCGGUUGAGUAACAAUGAGUCUGUAUAUAGCGCGAUCAGCAGCCCUUCAGCAAGAACUCGAAGCAUAGCUCAUUCGCGACGAACAAUGUCCCGCAGUGGAAUUCCUAUUCAGGGCCUUACUAUCGGUAAGGCAGGAUACGGCGCCGUGCGUCCCCAAGACCAUGAGUUGGAGGAGUUGAAGCUAUAUCUUGAGGAUCAAACCGAGGGACUCGUUCAGACCAUUCAAGCCCUAGUGGCUAGCAUCCGUGGUGCAGAACAUAUCUCAGCCAUCCGUAACCACAUCAGUGCGAUUUCGAUAGUAGUGGGCAACGUUGUUGCAUCGACAGACCAUGCUAUGGAUAAGGCUGAAAUCAGUCCUGCCGUGCGCGAGCGACUAGGCCCAGUUGUUCAAAGCCUAGCCAGUUGCUCAGACCGUCUAUCCAAUACAGCCGCCGAGGGAGAGGAGCUUGAAAGUCCCGAACAACUUCGUGACUUGACCGCCAAGCUGCCUCCUAUCGCAUUCGAGAUUGCCCGUGAAACCAAGGAACUCGUCCAUCGUAUUGAUCAGCUCGAAGUUGACGAAGGCAACAGCGACGACUUCCGAUAA